AUGUUCCAGCGCACUCUCAUCAGACAAGUCCAGGCCGCCCGGUCGGUUCUGGCAACCUCAUCCUCCACAUCCGCGCCGCUCGCUCUCCGACGGGCAACACGGUUGCAACAACAGCUGCCCGCUGCCAUCCGGCCAUUCGCUCCUCAGCCCAUGUCCCGCUUCUACUCCACCGAGAAGGAAGCUUCCAAGGAGACCGAGGGUGAGAAUGCCGAGCAGGACCCCGUCCAGAAGGAGCUCGAGGAGACGAAGAAAGAGGUCAUUGACCUGAAGGACAAAUACCUCCGCUCCGUCGCCGAGUUCCGCAACCUGCAGGAGCGCACCAAGCGUGACAUGGAAGGUGCGCGCAACUUCGCCAUCCAGCGUUUCGCUAAGGACCUUCUGGAGAGCAUUGACAACUUCGACCGGGCACUGCUGGCUGUGCCCAAGGACCAGCUCGAAGCCGCUGAGACUGAGGAGAACAAGGCUCUGCUCGAUCUCGUUGCCGGUCUCAAGAUGACUGAGAACAUCCUCAUGAACACUCUCCAGAAGCACGGUCUCGAGCGUUUCGACCCUGGCGAGAAGGUUGACGGCAAGGCGCAGAAGUUCGACCCUAACCUGCAUGAGGCUACUUUCAUGGCCAAGGCCGAUGGCAUGGAGAACGGCGAUGUGAUGUACGCCCAGACCAAGGGCUUCCGACUGAACGGACGUGUUCUUCGCGCUGCCAAGGUCGGUGUUGUCAAGAACGACUAG